CCUGCCCGCCUACCGCCCCGUAUAAAGGCUCGGCUGGCCUUGCCCCUGGGACUCGGCCCCAUGGAGACGCCGCCGGCCUCCCCAGGCGCACGGCGGGGAGCUGUGACAGGUGACUUCCACCAAUCUGAUCUGUGAGUGGCUGGUGGAGAGAGGCCCACCCAGGAAGCCAGCCCCCACAAUGAGUCUAUGGGAACUUGAAAACAGCCACAGCUGCCAAGUUACCCCCAGGCCAGCCCAGGAGCCCUCCACUGAGGACCCAUCCGCUGUGGAGCUGCAGAUGAAGGUGGACUUCUUCCGAAAGCUGGGCUACUCAUCUGCUGAGAUCCACAGUGUCCUGCAGAAGCUGGGGGUCCACGCAGACACCAACACAGUGUUAGGCGAGCUGGUAAAACAUGGGUCUGCAGCUGACCGUGAGCGCCAGGCCUCACCAGACCCCUCUUCUCAGCUUCCUCUGGUCCCCCGGGGUGGGGGCACCCCCAAGGCUCCCACCCUGGAGCCCUCACCCAUAGAGGAGGACAAGGAGGGCAGUGACCUGAGGCCUGUGGUCAUCGACGGGAGCAAUGUGGCCAUGAGCCACGGGAACAAGGAGGUCUUCUCCUGCCGGGGCAUCCUGCUGGCCGUGAACUGGUUUCUGGAGCGGGGCCACACGGACAUCACCGUGUUUGUGCCGUCCUGGAGAAAGGAGCAGCCUCGGCCCGACGUGCCCAUCACAGACCAGCACAUCCUGCGGGAACUGGAGAAGAAGAAGAUCCUGGUGUUCACUCCGUCCCGGCGCGUGGGUGGCAAACGUGUGGUGUGCUAUGACGACCGCUUCAUCGUGAAACUGGCCUUCGAGUCUGACGGGGUGGUGGUCUCCAACGACACGUACCGGGACCUCCAGGGCGAGCGGCAGGAGUGGAAGCGCUUCAUCGAGGAGCGGCUGCUCAUGUAUUCCUUCGUCAAUGACAAGUUCAUGCCCCCCGAUGACCCCUUGGGCCGUCACGGGCCAAACCUGGACAACUUCCUUCGGAAGAAGCCGCUCACAGCCGAGCACAGGAAGCAGCAGUGUCCCUACGGGAGGAAGUGCACCUACGGGAUCAAGUGCCGGUUCUUCCACCCCGAGAGGCCCAGCCGCCCCCAGCGCUCCGUGGCAGACGAGCUCCGUGCCAACGCCCUCCUCUCCCCGCCGCAGGCCCCCGGCAAGGACAGGCGCGGCCGGCGGCCUUCACCUCCGUCUCAGCCCGGCUCUCUGCCCACGGAGCGUGAGCAGUGCAGCCAGGAAGGGAAGAAGCUGGGAGCCCAGGCACCCCCAGGGCCUCACCGAGAGGGUCUGACCCAGACCUUUGCCCCGGCAAACACCGGCAGGAGCCUCCCACCCAGUGGCGGCAGCGGCAACAGCUUUGGGCCCACGGACUGGUUCCCACAGAUCCUCGACUCUCUCCCGUACACCUCCCAGGACUGCCUGGACUCGGGCAUCGGCUCCCUGGAGAGCCAGAUGUCAGAACUGUGGGGGGGUCGAGGGGGGGGCUCUGCUGAGCCAGGCCCCCCUCGGGGCCCUUACACUGGCUAUAACCCCUACGGGGCCGAGCUCCCGGCCGCUGCAGCCUUCUCUAACUUUGGACGGGCCGUGGGUGCCGGCCACUUCAGUGUCCCUGCCGACUACGCACCCCCGCCAGCUGCCUUUCCGCCUCGAGAGUACUGGUCUGAGCCAUACCAGCUGCCCCAGCCCACCCCAGUCCUGCAGGAGCCCCAGGUGCCAAGCCCGGGGGCCGACAGGGGCCCGUGGGGUGGGGCAGGCAGCCUGGCCAAGGAGCGAGCCAGUGUGUACACCAAGCUGUGUGGCGUCUUCCCCCCACAACUGGUGGAGGCCGUGAUGGGGCGCUUUCCACAGCUCCUGGACCCCCAGCAGCUGGCGGCCCAGAUCCUCUCCUACAAGUCCCAGCACCUCAGCGAAUAGGAGCCCUGGCGGCCCUCCAAGGGCCAUCAGGCUGGGCUGCGGGCCCCCGAGUGGCCUGUUCCUGCCCUGAGGCCCACCCUGGAGGCUGGACAGAGGGAGGAUUAAAGUAGAGAAGGGAACCCACAAACCAAAGAUACUGUAGGAUUGGUUCUGACCCGUUCGGCACCACUAGCUGUCCGCCGAGUGGGUGAGAAGCGAUCACCCUGUUGAUGCACAUUGUAUCUCUGUAGUGUAAGGAGACGCUGCCAGUAACGGCCGUCGGUCCGUGGCUAAAGCCCAAACCCUCCUUUCCCUCAGAGGGCGGGGAGGGAGGCGGGGGAGCAGAGGCCUGAGCUGGGGGCCCUGUACACAGCCCCCACCUCCACCCCGUCCCUGGGAUGCCAGCCUUGCUGGCUAGUUGGGCACCGUGUGCCUGCCCUCCAAGGGCCGCUCCUCUAAGCCAAUGAGGCCUCAUCCAUGCUCUCUUGGGCAUGAGGCUUCAUGUUAGUAAGCAAGAUGCUUCUUAAUAACCUACCUUCUGUCCACUCAGUUCGCCUAUGCCAUGUCCUCUGCCCCUGCCCUCUCUUCUUCGCACUUCGAGUCAUUCACCCUUCCCCACAGAUGGGGGGAGAUGAGUGUAAUGUUCAUAUUUUAGGUGGAAAGUCUAUGCCCCCCUAACAUGUCAAUAAAAUACAA